AUGAUGGUUGUCGGUGCCAGCGGCACGGGCAAGACCACGUUUGUCAACACCCUGUGUGAGUCGAACGUGAUCGAGCACCGUGACGACGACAAUGUGCAGAACGCACAUGUCGAGCAGGGACUCCAGAUCCAGCCUGUGAACCUCGAGAUCGAGGCGGAGGGCGCCCGCAUCGGCCUGACCAUCGUCGACACCCCGGGCUUCGGUGACAGUAUCGACAACGAGUACAUGUUCCAGGAGAUCCUCAGCUUCCUCGAGCGCCAGUACGAUGACAUCCUUGCGGAGGAGUCGCGCAUUCGCCGUAACCCCCGCUUCCGCGACAACCGUGUGCACGCCUUGGUCUACUUCAUCGCGCCCACAGGCCACUCGCUCCGCGAGGUGGAUAUUCAGCUGAUGAAGCUGCUGAGCCCUAGGGUGAACGUGAUCCCUGUGAUCGCCAAGUCGGACUCGUUUGAGCGUGGUGAGCUGCUCGAGUUCCGCAAGCGUGUCAUGGAGGACAUCGAGCACUACGGUAUCCCCAUUUACAACUUCCCGUACGAUGCGGAGGAGGACCACCCCGACACGAUUGCGGAGAACAGCGAGCUGCGCUCCCUGCUUCCUUUCGCCAUCGUCAGCUCUGAGGACCAAGUGCAGACGCCGUCGGGUGAGGUGACGCUCGGCCGCGCAUACCCCUGGGGCACGGUCGAGGUGGAUAACCCCGAGCACUGCGACUUUAGCCGUCUGAAGAGCGCCCUGUUCGGCUCCCACCUCAACGACCUCAAGGAGAUUACGCACGACUUUUUGUAUGAAAACUACCGUACCGAGCGUCUCUCGCGCGGCAUGCCGUCCGAGUACGGCCCGGAUGCGUCGCUCCCUAGCGAGGACCUCGUCAACCAGAGCGUGCGUCUCAAGGAGGAGCAGCUCCGCCGGGAGGAGGAGAAGCUCAGGGAGAUUGAGCUGCGUGUCCAGCGCGAGAUCAUGGAGAAGCGGCAGGAGCUCUUGGCCAAGGAGGAGAACCUCCGGGCGCUCGAGAACCGCUUGCACCCCUCGGCUUAG